AUGGAUCACGAAUGUGAAAAGGUGGUCCGCUUAGCAGAGUGCCGGUACCCAGUGGAAGGACAGGAUGGACCUACUCAAAUAUGUGAUGUGCAGAAUCGAUCUUCUCCAACCGAUCAAGUGCAAGUGGUAUUUAGAACGAAUCAUGGCCAAGAAUAUACUUGUGUUUAUCAACUUAGAAUACUUAACUGGAAGUAA